AACCGAAUACUGGUUCGUAAUGGAUCGAAUCGGAUCGGCCCGAUUGACACCUUAUAAUUUUUUUAAAUGAUUGAUUCAUUUUUUUUUUCUGGUUUUGUGGAAAUUGGUCGAACACCCAGAGGUACCCCUCCGCUCGAACGUGACGGAACAGGGAAAGUUUAGUGCCACGUGUCGGAACCUGACUUCGCCACCGCCGCCGUCACCCCUUCUCCAUUCAAACCCUCCCCGUCCUCCUCGUUGUGAACACAUUCUCCCAGCCGACGUCGUAAUGCUCCGAUUCUGUCUCCGUCGUUCCAUCUUGAAACCCGCCGUGAUUCUUCGCCGGGAAAUCCAUAGCGGCCUCGAAGAUGCCGGUCCCAUGGGCUCUCUCCUCAAAUCCCGUUCCGUUGUUCGGUUCAGCGGCCCCGACACUGUGAAAUUUCUUCAGGGUCUCUUGACUAACGAUGUUCGGAGGUUCUCCGAACCUGUCGGAGAGAAGAACUCGACGAUUCCGACUCCGAACAUGCCCGUCGUGUCGGCUUCGCCUAUGUACGCGGCGCUGUUGACUCCGCAGGGAAGGUUUCUGUUCGAUUUCUUCCUGUACAGGCCGUCGAGACCCCAGGAGAAGCUCGACCCGUCCGGGUCUGGACCCGGGUCGGACUCGGGUUUGAGCGGGUCGGUCGAGUUGUUUGCAGAUGUUGAUGCCUCUACCCUCGAUGAACUGCUCGAGACACUCAAGAAAUAUCGCUUGAGAUCUAAAGUGGAUAUUGAGAAUGUUGCCGGAGAAUUUUCGUGUUGGCAGAGAUAUGGUAGAUGUCUUACAGGAGAAUCCUCCGAGGAAGAACCCGAAGCUGCAUCUAUCGGUUGGGGCAGUGGCAUUGAUCGUGCUGGUGAAUCUACUGUCAGAGGUAACAAGAACGGGUGGCAAUGGUACAAGGAUCCGAGAUUGGACUGUCUUGGUUUCAGAGGAAUCUUCCCUUCUGAUACAACACCUCCUUUAGUCGAGGCUGAUAAAGAAACAGAUGAACAGAACUACCUUCUGUGGAGAUUGGAGCAUGGAAUUGCCGAAGGAUCAAGUGAGAUCCCAAAAGGUGAAGCUAUUCCGCUUGAAUACAAUUUUGUAGGGCUUAAUGCCGUAAGUUUCGACAAAGGCUGCUAUGUCGGUCAAGAGCUUAUAGCUCGAACUCAUCAUCGGGGUGUUAUUCGCAAACGCCUUGUCCCUUUACGGUUCAUCGAUAGUAACGGAAAAGAGAUAGAGCACAGGGUUGCACCUGGCUCAGAAGUGAUUGAAUCAAUCUCUGGCAAGAAAAUUGGGUCGGUCACAACGGCUCUCGGAUGCCGAGGAAUGGGCGUUAUGAGGCUAGAGGAAGCCUUCAAAUCGAAAGCCGAGCUGAGGAUUAAGGGUGUAGAGGACAUUACAGUCGAGGCAAUCAGACCGAAAUGGUGGCCAAGCGAGUGGUUUCAAUACAACCUAGAAGCUCUUUGAUGUAAGAUAUUGAGUUGGUAAUAAAAGGUGAAAACUUUCCAGCCAGUUUCGGGUCACCGGAGAAAUUUUGUACGAUGUAUCCUCAGCGACCAGCAAGUUCUUUUGUUCUGGACAAGGUAAUAGUAAUUAAUAAAAGCCUUGCGAUAGAUGAAUGUCUCUCUGUUGUUUCAGUAACAAGACUGUAACUUUGUUGGUAUUUUUGGUAAAGUUCGAAACUUUUAAGUUAUCAAAUUGAUCAAUUUUGUCUUC